AUGGACACUCUUUGCGCCAAAGUCGCUGGUGCGAGGGCCGAUGAAAACGGAUAUGAUCUCGCUCGCACUCUCUCACCCGAUUUCCCCAACGAUACGUUACGCGCAAUAUGGCAGAGUUGCAACGCUCACGAUGUCAAGAGCGUCGUGAAGCGGGACCUUUCCAAGAACGUGACGGGGAUGCAGCGGCUUUCCCAUCAAGAGCUGGCCGGCUGGGUUGAGGUGUACCACGCAUACUGGAAGGCUGUCGGUGAGCUUCUUGCCGUUCAAGUUGGUGUCCCCUUUCCCUCGUCACAGUCGUCAUGGGCCAAGGUGUUUAGCGCCUGGACGGAGUUGCUGACUGCCCUGUUGCGGGGUUACAACGCACAUGGGUUUGAGGCAUGGACGAUCCCGUGUCUUUAUGUGACAGGCAAGUAUCUGCGCACAUUCGCCAUCAAAGCCGAUGACGAGCGCAACAGCGGCAGCUUGACAGACAAUAAGGCCGCCGCCAACUUCCAAGAUGACUUCAAUCCCGAGUCAGAGCAGAACGCGACCCUGGAAGACUGUGCACGGCAACUCAACAAGAUCUUCAACAUCUGUCUGAAUGAUAGGGCACCGCUGGAUCUUUCGCGAAAAUGGGGCAUCUACUACGUGACCAACCUGCUUUUCAAGACAUACUUCAAGUUCAACUCGGCAAGCCUGUCCAAGAACGUCCUGAAGGCACUGUCUGUCGGAAGAGGCGAUAUGCCCAACCUUGCGGCCUAUCCAAAAUCGCAGCAAGUUACCUUCAAGUACUACGAGGGAGUCCUGUGCUUUUUGGAGGAGAAUUAUGUCGAAGCUGAGAAGCACUUGACCGAGGCAUGGAACAAUUGCUACAAGGACCACAUGAGGAACAAGGAAUUGAUUCUGACUUACCUCAUCCCCUGCCAUCUCCUUACCACACACACUCUGCCCAGCCAGAAACUUUUGGAGCCCUAUCCCGGAUUGCAGAAACUCUUCGGACCGCUCGCACAGUCCAUCAAGCAAGGCAAGCUCCAUGCCUUUGACCUCGCUCUCCGGGACAGCGAGGACGAAUUUGUCAAGCGCCGCAUUUACUUGACCCUAGAGCGGGGACGCGAUAUUGCGCUGCGCAACCUGCUCCGCAAGGUCUUUAUCGCAGGCGGUUUCGAGGAGUCAAAGGAAGGCGACGGCGGAAAGCCGGUUCGGCGCACCCGAAUACCUAUUGCCGAAUUUACCGCCGCAAUCAGCCUCGGCAGCCAGGAGACCCUUGACGAUGACGAAGUCGAGUGUCUCCUAGCCAACAUGAUUUACAAAGUGAGUCAACACAUAAUCUCCUAUCUUUGUUUCGUAUUCCCCACCCAGACAAAAGGACGCAGAAGGCAAAUGCUGCCUCUCCUGCCGCCCAGGUCAGAGCAGCGGGUCUAUUGUCAUCCAAAGUAUGAGCGAGGUCCGCCGCGGAGUUCACCAGUUGUGUCUUGACAAAUCAUCUCAAUGGUUGCGAAUUUCGCCAUGGAAAAACUUUGAAGGGUUGGCCAGCUCGAAGUUGAGAUGCCCCCUCGCUGCCUGGGGUGUCGAGGCAUCAUCCUGAGCUUCGGGCCAGUUCUUUAAUUGGCGGAAAAGAACCUGCGACUAUCCCGCCCCCUCUAAAAUGGCUCGCAAUGACUCAUUAUGCUGACCGACCAAACACAGGGUCUCAUGAAAGGCUACAUCGCACGCGACAGAGG